AUGUCUCUCGUGGCGCUGGCGGCCGUGGACGAGGAGCUGGCGGAGGACGUCUUCUUCACCUUCCGCGUGCUUUCUGAGGGCGGGGAGGCGCAUGUCCCGCCCUGCUUCAUCAUGGUUGCCGCGCGGGAGAUGGGCUACUACCCCACCUCGCCCUUUCUGCGCAGCUGCUUGCUGGACGUCACCGGGCGCAGCAAACGCCUGACGUAUCCGCUAUUUCUGCAGCUCUGCUCCGCGCUCGAGCCGACGCGGGCGCUGAGCCCGGAGACGGUUGCGCAGUGCAAACGGGCCUUUGACAUCCGCGGCUCUGGCACGUUGAACCGGAGCGAGUUCCGCACCAUCCUGGCGUCCUCCGCCGCGGCGGACGUGACGUCGAGCGAGGUGGAGGCCAUCGUGGAGCUGUUGGACCCGACCCACACCGACGUCAUUCAGCUCUACGCGGUGCAGCUCAUUUUGCUGCGGUACCUCGCCAGGGACGCCGCGCCGUGUGACGACGUCGGCUACACCCCGCGGAGCGCGCGCGCGGCGACGCGAGGAGCGGCUGCUGCCGCCGGCGAUCCCCGCCUGCGGCCCCUUGCGCCGAACUUGGGCGACGGCGCCCCGAAGUCGGGCCUGCGCGUCGCCGGGGGCGGCCGCGGGAGGUGCUGGGAGGAGGCGGGGCCACGGGGGGCGGCGGGGGACGGCGUUGGCGGCAGCAGCCGCUCCUCGCGUGGCCGUGGGAGCGCGACGCAGGCGAGGCAGCAAACGUCACCCGCCGCAACGGCGCCGGACGACGCCUCGGAGGACGCCCCAAAGGCGGCGCCGUCCUUCCCCCCGCCGAAGACGCCCGUGCCGUCGCCGUGCACAAGCGGCCCUGUCACGCGGGCCACGAGCCUGCAGCAGUCACUGCCACUCCGUGAACGGCACUCCGCACGCCUAGAGACGUCGGCGCCGCGCAGUGAAGCCGCAAAUAGACCCUCGCUGCUCAUCGACGGUGUGGAGAAGACCUGCGAGACGCAAACGCCCCCGUCGUUGCCGCCUCCGGACAUCUGCCGCACUCUGCAGCGACCAGACGCCAAGGAUGGAAAAGUGACGUGGCCGCCGGAGGAGGGUGUCCCGUCGGUUCUGCAUGAGAGCCGCCUCUUCGGAAGUCACGCGAGAGAGACGCUGCCGGAGGUUCCGCUAGAGCAGUUGAGGGAGGUUCCCGUGUCCGACCCAUGCAGCGUCAGCAACACCAGUGGUGCUGGGCCUUUGCAGGACGACGGCGCUGCUGCCGUGGCGCGUUUCGCGGAGCGGCAACCCACGCAGGGACCACAGGGUGCUGCCGAUGAAAACACUUCUGCGUCAACGGCGACGAAAAGGAAGAGGAAGGUAUGGUCCUGUGGCUGCUGCGCUCAGUCCUAG